CAAAUAAUGGACAAAGAUAAAGACAGGUUACCACCAACACUACUGCACUUUGUACAAUCUACGAAGAACAACUCUAGAGACAGACACCCAGGCCGUGGCUCCAGUAAAUAUCGGCGAGAUUUCACACACAAGAUGGCGUGGGAAGAGCCAAGAAAAACAGGCAUGUCGUAUCGCCGUCUUGGUGAUACCGGUCUUCAUGUUUCAGCCCUGGGUCUUGGAGGAUGGUUGACCUUCGGCGGCCACGUCGAGAAUGAAAAGACGUUUGCUAUUAUGAAGCAGGCGUAUGACUGUGGCAUCAACUUCUUCGACACGACUGAGAGCUACGCGGGCGGCCAGUCAGAAAUUGUCAUGGGCCAGGCGAUCAAGAAGUUUGGCUGGAAGCGAAACGACAUUGUCAUCAGCACAAAGCUUAACUGGGGCGGUGCCAACGGCGAGGUCCUGAUCAACAACCACGGCCUCUCGCGCAAGCACAUCAUCGAGGGCCUCCGGGCGUCACUGCAGCGGCUGGACCUGGAGUACGUCGACAUCGUGUACGCGCACCGCCCGGACCGGCUGACGCCCAUGGAGGAGACGGUGCGGGCAUUCAACCACGUUAUUGAGAUCAAGGGAUGGGCUCUGUACUGGGGCACGUCCGAGUGGUCGGCCGACGAGAUCGCCGAGGCGUGCGGCAUAGCCCACCACCUAGGCCUAGUGCCGCCCGUGGUGGAGCAGCCCGAGUACAGCGUGCUGGCGCGCGACAAGGUCGAGCGGCAGUUCUAGCGCCUGUGCAGCCGCUUCGGCAUUGGCUUGACCACCUUUAGCCCGCAAAAGUUCGGCCUGCUAAGCGGCAAGUACAACGAUUCGCCCGACGUGCCGCCCGCCGGGUCGCGCUUCGCCGAGGGUAACAACAAGUUCGUCAACUACAUGCGCGGCCAGUACGGAAACGAGUCGUGGCGCGAGAAUAUCGGGAAGGUGGUCAAGCUCAAGCCCAUCGCGGACAGACUCGGAAUCACGCAGUCGCAGCUCGCGCUGGCGUGGUGUCUGAAGAACGAUAACGUCUCUUCGGCCAUCACGGGGGCGUCGAGGCCAGAACAGGUGGUGGAGAACUGCCAGGCGCUCAAGGCACUGGACAAGCUCACAUCCGAGGUCAUGAAGGAGAUUGACGGUAUUGUGGGUGAAAUCACGCUGGACCCUGCGAGGCAAGACUAGGGGCUGGCUGGCUCGCUGGAGUAGUUUUUAGAACGAGGCUAGUCGAGAGAUACAUCUUGCGGAGCUGCAGCCGAGUGAUACCUUGUAGCGGAG